UGUUAGUGGCAGUGAAGCCUCCGUGAAGGGAGAACCAGCAUCACACACCAGCGGACUCUCGUUGAGUGGGAAUCCGGGUUGUAGUGAGCGCUGUUCCGGGCAGGAGCCAUGGUUCAGACGUGUUCAGCGUACGGUUGUAAGAACCGCUACCACAAAGAUAAAGACGUCUCCUUCCACAAGUUUCCUCUGGCACGUCCAGACGUUUGUGGUAAAUGGGUGGCGGCGAUGAGGAGGAACAACUUCAAGCCAACCAAGUACAGCAACAUCUGCUCACAGCACUUCACCAAAGACUGCUUUAAGAGGGAGUGCAACAACCGUGUGCUGAAGGAAAACGCCGUGCCGUCGCUCUUCACCUUCAGCCUCAGCAUCAAGUCCGAGUCCCUGGAGAAUCCCUUCCCCUCAGAGAUCCACUUCCCUCUCUCUCUGCCUCUGACCUCUGACCCAGUGGUGGAGGAGGAAGUGGAAGAGGAGGUGGUGGAGGAGGAGCAGCAACAGCAGCAGCCAGAGCCUGGGAGGAGCCUCCCCGACGGGCGCAGGGACACGACGGCGGUUUCCUGCGACCACAACUACACGGCGGAGGACUCGGCGCGUCAGAAGAAGCGCAUCGAGCAGCUGGAGGAGCAGCUGGAGCGUCUGAGGAAGAAGCUGAAGACGACGCAGCAAAAGUGUAGGCGGCAGGAGAGGCAGCUCAAGAGGCUGAGGGCCGCCGCCUCGUGCAAGACGAUGCCCCGGAGCGGCCGCGAGCCGCCACCUGCAGCGGCCGGCGAGGAGUUUGUGAUUUUACCCAAAGAAAUGUACCACACACUCAGAGGUAUGGAGGGAUGAGGAGGAGGAGGAGGAGGAGGAGGUGUGUUUGGACUGUUGGUGGCAGCACCACACGACUCUGCUGCUAAAGGAUAAACAGAAACGUCUGGACUGUCCCGGUCAGCAGGUGGCAGCACUCUGUGUGAAGAAGAAAAUGAAACGGGAAACUCUUCAGGAGCCUCUUGUUUGUGGACAUUUUAUAUUUUUUACGUCCUGCUGGCGUUGGCAGACUUGUUGCUGCCGUGUUUUUAUACACGCAAUGUGUUCAUGGAAUGAACCACUGUAUGUCUUUACAUUUGAACUUCUGUGGUGAAGUUGGAAAACACUGAACAUCUCCCUGAGGAAGCUGCUGCUCACUGACACUGAUCCUGGGGAAUUCUGUGACUCCUGUGAUUCAGGACGUGACCUCAUGAUGUUCUGUGAUGUAUGAAAUAAAUAAAGAGGGAACUGUU